AUGGAAGACUUCAGUAGAUUCAACGUUAUUCUGCAAGGCCCUCCGUUGAUGCUCUUAAUCAAGCUGGACAUCAUUGCGGUUGGAUAUAACUUGAUAGACCAGUUUGAGUGGCAGUUAAAUCCAGAAUGUGAAAGCUACAAGAAUUCCCCUGAAAACUAUGCCACAAAAUUUGUUGCCGAAAUGUCGCUAAAUACAGAGUUUAUUUCUGCAAUUGCCCAUUCAAUAAGGGAACAGUGCCAUUGGGCAAGAAAGGCACUCGUUAACCAAGGAUAUGACUGGAACAUUGACGAACGCUCACAGAUACCAUAUGAACUUAUGGGGCUUCUUUCUGUAAAUCCUAAGCCUUUAGAGCUCCGACCCGAGCAAGAGUGGGAUUUAUACUCGCCAAAGGUGACCAAAGUUGACGAAAGCGCAUCCUCCAUUUUCCAUCCAUCUGCUCAAGAAAGAGAGUCAAGACGACUGCGCCGUCAGAUGCGCAGCAAAGGCAUGUUGGGGCUUGGCUCCUCCCUGGGCAUAUUUGGAAUGGACUCCUCAUGGCCUUUGAGCUUUAAAAAAGGAACAAAAGAAUGCACGAAAGUGUUAGGAUUUUCAAAGCAGCCAAAAAUUCACGAAAAAGUUCAUAUUGGCGAAAAAAAAGUACACAAAGCAAGUUAA